CGCUGUGCCUGGCAAAGGGUGCCUCCUCCUGCGUUCCUCUCCAUUCAUCUCAACUUAUACACUCUUCAUUUGCGCCCAAGCAUAAGAUAUCGCUGCUUUUGAGUUUUUAGAGACACCUUUAUCUUUCACUUCACCCGAGUUUCGUAAAUACUCGUUACUUUCCUUUGAUUCGAUAAUCACUUCAGCCUCGACUCUACUCACGCGACCCGCAAUCUGUCCCGUUCUCUUUGUCAACUUCUAAUCCAACGUCAGUCAGCAUGGCUAGCAAAGGCGCCACCAAGCGUUUGACACGCGAAUACAAAACCAUCUCAGAGAACCCUCCUCCUUACAUUGUCGCUCAUCCAUCCGAGUCUAACAUUCUGGAAUGGCACUACAUCAUUACCGGACCUGAGGACACACCUUAUCAUGGCGGCCAGUAUUGGGGAACUCUAAUGUUCCCCCCAAACUAUCCUUUUGCUCCUCCCGCCAUUCGCAUGCACACCCCGUCCGGUCGAUUCCAGCCUUCGUCGCGACUAUGUCUGUCUAUCUCCGAUUUCCACCCGAAGUCAUUCAAUCCCGCAUGGGAAGUCUCAACUAUCCUAAUCGGCCUUCUGUCAUUCAUGACAAGUGAAGAGAUGACAACCGGUUCCGUUUCCAGCACCGCCGCGGAACGACGCUCCCUCGCUGCUCGAUCACGCUGGUGGAACUCGACUGGUAAUGGAACACAUAGCAAGACGGGUCCUGUCCAGAGGGGCAACAUCAAGGCUGGUGAUGGUGGCGCCAAGUUCCGAACAGAGUGGCCAGAGGUGGAUGCUGAGAAUUGGGAGUGGAUGACCAAGAACAAGGUUGACCCUGUCAGUGGUACACGAUUAGACGCUGAUAACAGCGGAUCCUGUCGACCUCAGCUUGGUAUUUCAGGGACUAGCGGUCAUCAAACACAAGCGGUUGUUGAUGUGGUCAACCAACAAAGAGAUGCCAGCACAGGAUGGAUCUAUCGCAACAAACUUCUUGUCGCUGGUGCGGCUUUCUUCCUCUACGUUCUUGUCGCUCGACUUGUUAGUGGAGAGGAAUGAUUGGGGAGAGUAGUAUUCGGGAAGCGCUUCAUGUUCUUUUAAUUCUAGUUUUUGUUUUAUUACGGGCGGACUGGCGGGCGCAAUAGGUUAACAAGCCAAACACCAGGACUCGCGUCUUGAUCUGGCGUUUCAGGGCAUUCAAUGAGCGUUUACUUGAUGGGGUUCAGUUUGAUUGUCAUCAGCUCAUUUGCCUGCAGUGGUUGUGAUUUAUCGGGUAGAGACUCAAAUACAUCAAACAGGUAGAUCAACAUGCAACAAUGCUCCUUUGUAUCAAGUGCGUACCCGUCCGCGAGAAUGAGUUGAGGCGGCACGUAAAGUCAAACGGGAACAAGCAGGCAG